AUGGCCCCGCAGCAAGGCCGGCCGCGUUGCCCCGCCCGUUGCGAGCCGCCGGCGGCACCGCCCGUACCGCCUCGCCGAGAGCGCGGGGGGCGCGGGGCGCGCGGGCCCGGGGUGCCCGGGGGCCGGGGGCGCGCGGGCGGCGCCGAGGGGCGCGGCGUCAAGUGCGUACUGGUCGGCGACGGCGCGGUGGGCAAGACCAGCCUGGUGGUCAGCUAUACUACCAACGGCUACCCCACCGAGUACAUCCCCACGGCCUUCGACAACUUCUCGGCUGUGGUGUCAGUAGAUGGGCGGCCUGUGAGACUCCAGCUCUGUGACACGGCAGGACAGGACGAGUUUGACAAGCUGAGGCCCCUCUGCUACACCAAUGCAGAUAUCUUCCUGCUGUGCUUCAGUGUGGUGAGCCCCACCUCCUUCCAAAAUGUCAGUGAGAAGUGGGUACCGGAGAUUCGGUGUCACUGCCCGAAGGCCCCUAUCAUCCUGGUUGGGACCCAGUCGGACCUUCGAGAAGAUGUCAAAGUGCUUAUCGAACUAGACAAAUGCAAGGAGAAGCCAGUCCCCGAGGAGGCAGCGAAGCUGUGUGCUGAGGAGAUCAAAGCUGUCUCCUAUAUUGAAUGCUCAGCUUUGACUCAGAAAAACCUCAAAGAGGUGUUUGACGCCGCCAUUGUUGCUGGUAUCCAGCACUCGGACUCCCAGCAACAGCCGAAGAAGCCUAAAAGCAGGACCCCAGAUAAGGUGCGGGACCUGUCCAAGUCCUGGUGGAGAAAGUAUUGCUGCCUGGCCUGACCCUCGCAAGCAGCUGGUGUUUAAGCUGCUAGAACUCUUUGUGUCACGUGGGUGUGGUCAUAGGACAAGCCCUCAAAGCGUGCCCCCUUUGUCCUUAAUUCCUGACUGGGAGACUGGAGUUGAGAUUCAUAUGCAAACUAUGUUAGAGAAAUUUGGAAGUUAAGGUUGUUCGUUUUCAUUUUUGUUUCUCGUAACUCUGGAAAACUUAGAGCUGUAGACCUCUGAAUUAAUUUAUAUUUCAUAUGAAAGGGCUCUUCCAAGCUACGUUACUAUGAAGUUCUGCUGCAUUGUACAGGACAAAGGAGACCGUGCCCCUCUCCUGACUAACGGCUACUGAGUGUUCAGUGAAUGACGGGCACACUAGACUUGGUGAGAAUCAGUCCCGGCUUCGAAACCACACAAACCAUACCUGUUUUUGUAAGCGCAAAAAUCUGAAGAAAAGAUAUGCUCCUGACCAGAAGACCUCACACCCGUCCCUUUGCCGUUCACUCGGACUCGCUUGCUUAAGAUUCUAAACCAAAACAUCCCGCUGGCUCCUGACAUUGUGCUGUCUGAAGAGUACACUUGCUUGUAAUGCUUUCUGUUUUGUUCUGAGUCACAUGGCCAGUUGGGUUGCUAUGAAAAUGGUGGGAAUGGCUCUUGGAAGGCAAGUGCUGGGUGCAGAUCCGGCAUUUUUUUUUUUUUCAGGGAGCAACUGACUCAUGUUGAGUUCAGAGAGUGCUCUUUGCUUUCAGGACUGGCUUGUGCACUGGACCAUCUGUGUCCCGGUGAUGAAAGCAAGAGGAAGUUCUUGUCUAGGGACUUAAAGCCGCCAAACUCACAGCAUCCCAUUUGCAAGAAGGGGGUCCCUUCCUCGAGAUAAGCCAUAGUCGAUUGUGGAACACACAUACACACAGACACACAGACACACACACACACACACACACACACACAGGCGGCUGGUUUGCUAAUGACAUUUUGAGACACACAAAAGCCUGGUUGCAGAUGUCAGGGUGGCAUGCCUUCCUCUUGACAUUUCUUUGAACAGACAUCAUUUUGUAGAAUGUUAUCUUCAUUUACACAUUUUUGAAACUAUCUUAAAAUGUGGGAUGAGUGUACUUUUGAUGUUCAGAAGAUCAUGCUUGUGGCGCUUGUCCUUUAAGGGGAGGGUCUUACAGCUGACUGUCCCGAGACUGUCCUGUGUUAGGAAAGCUCUUUCACAGUGUUGUAGGUACUUCCAAGAUGCCGUAGGGGCCAGACAAUGAAUCCCAGCUUCUCGUUUGCUGUGGGCAAGGUACCUCUUGGUGGCCACCUGGUAACAAAAUUUUCUCUCUGUGAAAAUUUUUUUUUAUAUUAAAAAAAAAUCAACCUUAUGUUUUUCUAUAGAAAAAAAAGUAAAAAGAUCAGGUCAUAUUCAGGUCAAAGACUUCUUCCUGCUGGCAAAUAGGACCCAAGACUUUCUUUAUUAAAGUAAAAAGGUUAAUUGUGAACCACCAGGAAACAUGAACUGUUUGUGACUGAGCCUCCAGCACAGUGCCAGUGACGUCAGCCACGCUUUCCUGACAUGUUUCUUUGUCGCCUGGGCGGUAGCAUUGCUUCACUUACGGAACUGCUUGUAACUGGGCCUCGUGACUUGAGCUUACUGCCCCUACUGUGCUUGGCUGCCUGGAAAGCCCGCCUCCAAGUGGAGGCUCCGCCUAUCCUGUGUACAGAAAGUGGGUGGGGAAGAGUGAGUAUAAUAUUUAAUUUUAAAUAUUAUAAUAAAAGCCAAUGUAGUGGAGACCAAGGAAAUGAACAUUUAGAACCCAGACUUGAAGUAUGGUGCCAGGGCUGUGGGGCCUUGCGCCCUGUCUCUGGGCCACCGGGAAGUGGUAUGAAGGAUGCUGUGUGACCAAGUUCUGGACACUUCCUUCCUGGGUGGAUAUUCCUGGGCUGUUAUGCCACAAAUCUACUGGAUUGACACUGACCUGCAAGUUUUCAAUAUAUUACUGCAGCCUAUGGAGUAAUAAGGUCUGGAUGUACUUGAGGUUUUCCUGCAUUUUUACUUUUCGAAAAUAGAGAUUUGGGCUGAGAAAUUUUUAAAAGUCUGUGCCUGAAUAAAAUGUAAAGUUGGCUCUCUUUGUGGCUGAAAAGUGGCAGAAUAUACAGGCUGGCGUCUCGGGAGGGCUCUGUGAGCCGUGUGCGUAGCCAUGUCUCUGACUCAGUGAAGGCCGAGUCACCCGGAAAACACACUAGAGCAGGCCGCAAAGCUGUCACCUCAUCGUGUGUGCAAGCAAACUUUUGAUACCUUUACUUUCUGCUCAACAGACAUGUGAGCAGCUCCCCAGACGUCUCAAGCCACACCACCCUGCAGGUGCCUUACCAACGUGUGCUUUCUGUUCUCACGUGUCAAAGAUGUUGGACAGAAUCUUGUACUUGAAAAUGCUAUAAAUGAGUCACUAUGAAAUAAACUCUGACCUGUGGA